AUGGGCCCUAGCACUGUCCGACUGGCAUCAUUGACCAUCAAACCUCGCUCAUUCACGUCGUCAUCCACGUCGUCAUUCACGAUGCAUCACUUCGAUCGUCACCUCCCUUAUAGCGAGGGGCAAGCUACUGCUUCGCAGCAAAUCGAGCUCCCUCCAAUUAGAGAUAUGAUCCCCGAAAUCAACAUGCACUUGGCCGUACGCGAAGUUGCCGAUCCAAUAUCUCAGGCCCAUGAGCCUCAAGAGCGCCACGAGCGUGGCAGUUUCUCCUAUUACGUUACUUCACCUACGACUGGAAGGGGAAUGACCCAAGACGACGCCGAAGAAGAAUCGCCAAGAAGCCAUGUUCCGCGAAUAUAUCGUGGCCCUAGACACCGAGUUCCUCGCAGUCGUCCAUUAAGCCCAUCAGAAAGAUGGAGCAUUCCAGCUAGAGCCUAUUCCGUUACAACUGGGAGCAUUCCUCCCCCGAUGGAGAUGCAGAUACCAUCUCCUGGUCCUCGCGUUGCUCUCCCAAUCCUCACUCGUCCACAGAUCGCUCUCCCGAGCUUGACAUCAGAGAUAAAAUUCGAAGAUGAGCAGCCAAGCAGACCUCGCCAACUCUCACGGGCUUACAGUUACGAUUUUGCCAUGCACCAUGGGCCUCCAAGCCCCAUUCGGUCACUUGAGCGCUCUUCAAUCUCAUCCAGUGUAUUCUCCACGCCUCAUUAUCACGAUGCAGCCCAGUUUGAGAACCAGGAACUUGCUGCCCCCACAAGGGAAGCGAGGACUCGAAAAAGACGUGGGAAUCUCCCCAGAGACACAACAGACAAACUACGGGCGUGGUUCGAUGACCAUUUAUCGCAUCCCUAUCCUACAGAGGAUGAAAAGCAAGAGUUUAUACGCAGAACGGGACUCCAAAUGAACCAAAUCUCCAACUGGUUUAUCAACGCCAGAAGACGCUACUUGCCGCUUAUCAAGAAGAAGAUGGCUGAAAAGGCGGCUGCCGAGGCCAAGGCGGCUUCUGAAGCCCUCCAACAUGGACAAGCUAUCCCCAGCAGUGAAAGCAACUUUGCCGCUUCGCCAGCUAUCAGCGAUGGCACAGCCUUUAGCGCUACUAGCGACGGUACAGUCUAUAGCGCCGCUAGCGAUGUCACAAUCUAUAGUGACAUCGUCAAACGUGAGGCAUGA